GAGCCAACCUCAAAUCCAUCCAACGCCGCAUUUCUGAUUUCUCCCUCAAAUCCUUCAUCCCUUUCCAGCUCGCUCAGCAGCUCUACGAUCCAAUGGAAGGUGCGGAGGCGCGGUGCCCCGGCGGCGACCCCAUGGACUUCUCGUGGGACGCGGACGGGGAGAAGACGGCGCCUUGCGCCAGCCCCGACCGCGACGAGGAGCCGGCCCCGCGCCCACCGCCGCAGGAGGUGGCGGAGUCCAUGAUCCUUGUGUCCGGGCCGCGCGUGGUCAUGUCCGGGCUGAGGCUGGCCGACUGCCGUUCAGAUGACUCUGUUUUAUUCAUUAAUGCUGGUGGCGGUGCAAUAGAAGGCUGUGAUCCCUCUGUAAUGGUUUCUGGUGAUUCAUUCUUUGAAGGAGGGGAUGUGAUAGAGACGAAUGAGAGCAUAAUUGACGGUGGUGAUUGUCCCUCUCUUUAUCACUCAGCGCGCUACGGCAGUUUCAGCUACAAAUUUGACGGUCUUGCCCCAGGAGACUAUUUUCUAGAUCUGCAUUUUGCGGAGAUACUCUACACAUGUGGGCCAAAAGGAAUUAGUGCAUUUGAUGUCCUUGUGCAAGACGAAAAGAUAUUAUCUCAACUCGAUGUGUAUGCUGUGGUUGGAGGUAACAGGCCCCUUCAAGUGCGUGAUAUAAGGGUUACUGUUGAGAUGAAUGGUGCUAUUAUGAUCAAUUUCAAAGGAGUAAGAGGAAGUCCCAUGAUUUGCGGGAUAUGUAUUCGAAAAGCACCACUAUUAGCAGCAAACUCAGUUACAAAUGGGAAUGUCUUGUGCAGUAGAUGUUCUGCUGAUACUGAUGUUUCAGCUUUACAGACUAGGACAAGUAAAUUGAUCUCAAAGUUUGAGAAACAGAUUGAGGAGCUAACCAGCCAGUGCACUAUGAAGUCAAGUGAGUGUUAUAUGGCGUGGUCGUCAGUAGACUCUAUCAAUCUGGAGCUUGGCAGACUUAAAAUAGAGCUUCACCAAAAGGGUGUUAAGAUGGAGAGUCUAGAGCAAGCCCUCAGCAGAGACAGCGACCAACUAAGAAAUGUUUCUCAGAACUACGAAAAUGACAAGAAAUUGUGGGCUGCUGCCAUAUCUAACUUGGAAAGGAAAAUCAAGGCCAUGAAACAAGAGCAGGCAUUGUUAUCUCUUGAAGCACAUGACUGUGCAAACUCAAUUCCUGAUUUGAGCAAGAUGAUUGGAGCAGUUCAGGCCUUAGUUGCACAGUGUGAAGAUCUGAAACUGAAGUACUACGAAGAGAUGGCUAAGAGAAAGAAACUUCAUAAUAUUGUUCAGGAGACGAAAGGAAAUAUCAGGGUUUUCUGUCGGUGCCGACCCUUAAGCAAAUAUGAGGCCUCAUCAGGUCAGAAAUGUGUAGUGGAAUUUGAUGGAGCCAAUGACGGUGACAUUGUAAUUGCGAACCCUGGAACAACUAAAAAGAUUUUCAAGUUUGACAGAGUGUUCACAUCAAAGGAUGAUCAAGCUGUUGUGUACGCCGAUGCAUCUCCUCUGGUCACUUCGGUCUUAGAUGGCUACAACGUAUGCAUCUUUGCCUACGGACAGACAGGAACAGGGAAAACUUUUACCAUGGAAGGGACAGAGAGGAAUAGGGGGGUAAAUUAUAGAACUCUGGAAGAGUUGUUUAAGAUUGCGGAGGAGAGGAAAGAAACUGUGACAUACAACUUAUCUGUUAGCGUGCUGGAGGUUUACAACGAACAAAUCAGAGACCUUCUUGCAACGUCCCCUUCAUCUAAGAAGCUGGAGAUUAAACAGGGCAGUGAAGGAUCCCAUCAUGUGCCUGGCAUAGUGGAGGCCAAAGUCGAGAACAUAAAGGAGGUUUGGGAUGUCUUGCAAGCUGGAAGCAAUGCAAGGGCUGUAGGGUCAAACAAUGUAAAUGAGCACAGCAGUCGCUCACACUGCAUGCUAUGCAUCAUGGUGAGAGCAAAAAACUUGAUGAAUGGAGAAUGUACAAGCAGUAAACUUUGGCUUGUAGAUUUGGCUGGAAGUGAGCGCUUAGCCAAGACUGAUGUGCAAGGUGAACGGCUUAAGGAAGCACAAAAUAUUAAUAGGUCGCUCUCUGCAUUGGGUGAUGUCAUUUCAGCUCUUGCUACAAAAAGCAGCCAUAUACCCUACAGGAAUUCCAAGUUGACACACCUGCUGCAAGAUUCUCUAGGAGGAGACUCUAAAGCACUUAUGUUUGUGCAAAUUAGCCCAUCCGACAAUGAUGUUUCAGAAACCUUGAGCUCAUUAAACUUCGCUAGCCGUGUUCGUCGUAUUGAAUUAGGGCCAGGAAAGAGGCAGGUCGAUACUGCUGAACUUCAAAAGGUCAAACAGAUGCUUGAAAGAGCUAAGCAGGAUGUCAGACUCAAGGAUGAUUCUUUGAGAAAGCUAGAAGAAAACUUCCAGAAUUUAGAGACCAGAGCCAAAGGGAAAGAACAACUUUGCAAAAACUUGCAAGAAAAGGUAAAAGAUCUUGAAGGCCAGUUAGAUUCCAAGAUGCAUUCUCAAACUGCAUCAGAGAAACAGCAGCGUCAGCUUUCUGGAAAACUGAAGGAGAAAGAAGAAAUGUGUACUGCCCUUCAGCAGAAGAUAGUGGACUUAGAGUGCAAACUUAGACAGCCGCACCAAUCAGACUCCGAGGUUGCAGUUCUUAAGCAAACGAUCAAAGAGCUGGAGCUCGAGUUAAAGGAACAAGAACACCAGAGAUCAGUUGUGGAACUAAAGAUCAAAGAGCUAGAGCUCAUGUUGAAGGAACAAGAACACCAACUAUCAGUUGCGGAACUAAAGAUCAAAGAGCUGGAGCUUAAAUUGAAGGAACAAGAACACCAGCGAUCAGUUGCGGAACUAAAGGCAAGGGAAAUCGGACAGGAACUCUUGGAAACACAGAGAACGGAGUCAAUGCUUCAGAUUAAGCUGAGAAAUCUUGAAAGCAACUUGCAAGAGAGGACCAAACUGCAGGGCACAAAUAUGACGCUGGAUUCCGUCAACUCUACAAGAGUUUCUACUCCCGGAGAGGCAAAGGUGCUGCCGUCUUCCAGAGAGGAAGCAAUGAGUGAGAAGGAGAAUCGCAUCCUGAGGAGCUCGAAUUCCCUUAACAACCAGCCUGUCAGUGACAACUCUUCUCUUCCUGAGGCCCCAGAACCGGCGACCAAUGAGAGGAAGAGAAAAGGGGAUGCAAGGAAUGCAUCGAUUGGUGGUGAACAGGAGAAUGUUCAGAAUGUUGCCAGGAAGAGAAGCCUGCCAGGUGUUGAGGCAAGAAGCAAGAGAAGAUCAACGGAACCUCCGGCAAAGAAUCUAGGGAGGUCAACGGCAUCGUCAAGGGCCGCCGCUACUACACACAAGACGGCUCCUAAUUCCAGAGUCCCCCGGCAGCAACCAGGCGCGAACAAAACAAGAGGAUGGGUUAGGUAGAUGAUGCCUCUAACGCUGGUCUUUGUGCGCAUGCGUGCUCGUGUUGUAGUUUUAGAUGCCAUUGUCCCGCUCAACUUUUGGCUUGUAAAGUUCCGGAUACAAAUGUGUUGGCUUGGAACUGGAAGGCUCAACUUUUGGCUGAGUCCUGCUGCAUCCUUGCAGUGAGUGUAACUUCACUCCUGUGUAGCCGACUAUGAUUACAUUGCUGCUACGUUUUGCAGAUUCUGGAGCGAGUGAUCUUAUACUGUUGAGAUAUUAUCUCCGAAUCUCUAA